ACAGUAUGGAAACAAGAAGUUGAAAUUGUAAUUAGAGUGAGAAAUGAAUUUUUAUGUUCUAUUUCUCCAUCUUGUGUAGAAACACUUCCUGAUAGUGACUAUGAGAAAAUAAAUAAUAAUAGAAGGGUAAUUUUCAUCUGAAAUUCAGAAGAAGUCAUCUUUUGAUGAUGCAUUUGAACAACGUUCACUUAAAUCAGAUGGUUGAAAACUGCUUCUUCUUUGCUCUUUCUGUGUGCUGAAACCUACAAGCAGGUUACCAUUAAAAAACAAACUCAGAAUGGCUCUCAGACCAUAUUUAUACAACAACAAAAUAAAAUCUGUUUAAAACGUAACAAAUCUAAAGCUGCAAGAAGCAGGUGGACCCUCAUGGCUGCAAUCAACUUCCUGUUUCAUGACAAAAACACAACUUUGUCGUGCCACCAUGGCCACACCUUGCAAUUUCUGUGGAAACUUUUGAUAACCUUUAAUUAUCAAAGUCUUUUGUACAAGCUCACCAACUCAACUCAAUCUGAUUAAUCCCCUAGGAUGAAUUAUAUAUGGAGAUACGACCCUCAUAAAUGGCCCAAAAACCAUAUAUAUUUGAACAUUAAUUCAAAAUGGCUUCCUGUUGGGUAACUUAAGACUCUUUAAGUCACAGGAUGUUCUAUGUGCCUACCAUAUUUUGUACACCAGAGGUGAAAUGUACAACGGGGACUACUUCAUUGAAAUUUUGAAGGGGGCGCUUUGAAGUAAUUUUGCCACAUCCAUCACAGAAUUCUAUAUCAAAUAUUACUAUUCUCCACUUGGGACAACUGUGGCAAGUUUCAUGAGGUGGUGAGCAUCCCUACCCUCUCAAACACAAAUUCCACGACUGGAAUGGGAUAUUCCCACCCGCACUUUAACGCACCACAUCGGAUGUGGCGGAAUCACUGUAACUAAUUCAGUUGCUUGUCAGCAAAUAAAUGUAACUUAACCGUAAAGCAUCAGUAACAUCAGUUUCAGGUAGUCUAAAAACAACGGACAGACUGUGCACAGACUUAAAUGGGGGAAGUGAAAGAUGGCCGUCAUGGAAACUUGUUGCACACUCAGCCCAGUGGGUGGCAGACAUCUUUCUUUAUUCCUACUAUCCGAAGUUUUCCACGUCCUGUGUGUAACCUCUUGUCGGUGUUUCCUUUGGAGGUGUACCAUUUUGGGGUUUUUUUGUCAUCAUGAUGCACCCUUUCAGUAUGUUUUCCCCUUCAAAACAAAGCGCUUUCAGCUGCCUCUAUAUGCUUAGCGCCUUGUUGCUGUCUGUUUCGGGAGAAAAAGUGUUUGAGAGUCGCUCCAUGAUCCAUGAGCUCCAGGCUGCAUUGGCUGACCUGGCUGGGGAGGGAAGGUCCUACGUGGGCAGGCUGGCCGGGGAACAGACGGUAUUGUCGGUACAGAAGGCCUUCUCUCAGGUUCUGGGGGUUGUGGCAGAAAGUGUGGCUGGGGGUCUCAAUGUGCUUCUGCAAUAUGUUUCGGACUUCCUGCAGGCUGCUGAGGUCCAAGUUGGUGUUCCCGUCAACAAAGUGACCCCAGAGGGUGUGAUCUUUGUUGCCCAGUGGGUUCUCGUGGCUCUCAUUGGUUACUGGCUGCUCUCCCUUGCCCUCCGAAUUGUGGCGUCCGCUCUGAGGCGGUUUGUGUGGCUGCUGAAAGUGAGCGCGACUUUGGCCGUUUUCGGACUCAUCCUGAGCGACCACACUGUGGACACGGGAACCAUGGCCACCCGUUUGGCUGUCCUGGUGUUUGUCUGCGUUCUUUUGGGCGUCGGGAACUCUAAUGCAGCUGAUAAAACGGCUCACCUGGAGGAGCAGAUAAAGAUCCUGGAGAAACGGCUGAGAGAGAUGGAGAGGUGGAGGAGGACAGAGGAGUGAAUGAGGGACUGAGAGACAAGUUAAACGUUUGUUGUCUUCUGUGUCUGUCCCACCUGGUGCCACAUGUACAGACCAUGGAGUCCUUCUUUCCUCUCAGGGCAUCUGGAUCUUGUACAGCUUUGAUAUUUUUUGACUACAUGUUCUGUUUUGUUACUGUUUAUUAAAAUGACAAUAUGACUCUAGGACAGGCUUCAGUAUUGAAGAGACAAAUCAACCCUAAAUCAAAAAUACAUAGGUUUCCUCUUACCUAUGGUGCUAUUUAUCUAUUUAGACUGUUUUUGGUGUGAGUUGCAGAGCUUUAGCGAUAUCAGAUUCAGAGAUCUUCUCCCAAAUGUAAUGGAACCAGAUGACACUUGUGGUUUUCAAAGCAGAAAACACUCUUUCUAAAAACCAUGGUUACACUUAAGAAGUAUUUUCAGAAGUAAAAACUGUCUGUACUGUAUGUGUGCAACUCUCAACAGAGAUGAGAAAAAAAAGCAAGAUGACUCGACAAGUGCUUACAUCAUCACCCCCAGCUGAUGACCUUUUACAUCCAAUGCACUAACCCUCCAUUUACUACAUUAAAGAAACACUUUUGGAUUACUUUAAUUUCCUUCUUUUUGGACUCGGAUAAAGAAGAUCUCGGCUGUGGUUAGCCUAUCUUAGCAUAGACUGGUGGCAGGAAGGAAACAGCCAGUCUGUGCUCUUGUAUCUUGUCAGUUUGACCCAUACAGAAACUAAUGAAAUCAUCAAGUUGUGGUUUUAGGAUAAGUUACUCGCUUGAACGGUUUCUUGACAAACUGCAGUAUAUCUAUUGAACAUCUCUAGCUGCCAGAGCUGGUUGAGGGAAAUAAGUAUAUAACUCCCCUAAAACCCCAAAUUACUCUUUUCACAUUUGUAUUUGUGGAUGAAUUAAACAAGAUACAUGUUUUUAAUGUUAAUGCUUAUCUGCUAUAACCUAGACUGACUCCAUCUCUGUACUUUAUGGAUGGAUGAUGUAGUAUGUACUGUAUAUGCCCUCUGGAAUUUUUGGUCAUGUACUAAAAAUACAUUUAUUAUUUUUUUCAACAAAUUAAAUUUGUCUAUGCCAAUGUUCUUGUCCAUUAUGUAUGAUUAUAUUGCUGAACAGCAGCAUUAUUAUGAUGCUGUUUACAGUUCAUUCAACAUUUCUUUGUCCUUCUUCUGGAAGAAUAGUGAAGCCAUGUGUUCUCCAAGAAAAAAACAUGUAAUUUUUGAAGGUAGUGGAAAAACUAGAGCAAACACCUAGAGCAAAGAAGUCUAGCUGCAACAAAGUAGUCAUGCAGAAUGGCCUGUGUCAGAAUAAUACAUUAUUGGGUUAUAUUGAUUGGCGCAUUAAUGCAUUCAUUAUUAAAUAAAGGUGGUUUACUUCCA